GGGCACUCGAGUUGGAGAACAAGUUGUUAUAAGCUGUGAGUACAUACUUAUAUAUUCCCAUGCAACCUUCUGAGUCUUAGAUAGUUAGGAGAGUAGUACCAAACUCGAGUUUUAGUAGACACACACCUUUGUAAACUAUGUUUCGUGUAAUUCCCGCUGCGGCGAGAUCCUCAUCUUUCCUGCGUCCCGCUCUCCCUGCCGUCAGCGGAGGGUUGAGACGCACAUUCCACUCAUCACCUGCUCCUAAAGCAGAUGAUAAGGAGAAGAAAGUAGAAGGUAAGGUAGAAACCGACUUCCUAACGUCUGCCACCGGACGAACCGGAACCGCUGUAUUGACAGCCGGUUUGGCCGCUUUUGCCUUCAGCAAGGAGCUUCUUAUUCUUCACGAGGAGACUCUCAUCAUUGGAACCAGUCUGGCCUUCCUUUACACAGCCUACAAAGUUGGUGCCGAGCCAAUAGACACCAUGCUGAAAGAGCGCGCACGCGAUAUCUACGACACACUCUCUAAGACCAAGAUUGCGCGAGAGAAAGCCCUUGUGGAGGCUAUUGAAGAGGAGGCUAGCUACGAGAGUCUACCCGCCCAGCUCAGUACCAUUAUGGAUGUGCACCAGGAUGUGAUUGACUUGCAGUACGAGUACGAACACAGAAAGAUCAUGCACGAUGCCCACGACUUGGUGAAGGGAAAGCUGGAUAAGAUUGUUCAGCUCGAGUCCAAGAUCCGCACCGCUGAGCAGGCGCAGAUUGUGGACACACUUGAGGCUGCUGUCAUUCAACACUUCAAGAACCAGAAGGGUGACCCCGCACUCAAGGACGCCAUCGCCGCUCUUGGUUCUGUCAAGCUUUAAAUUGGAAACCUCGACGAUUGUUAAGCCUAUGAGUGCUUUUAUGGUGUCACGGAAUCCGAUUGAAUAGCGACUAACGGCUGAAAGGGCGCAUACACUCUGCGGGAAUUAUUUCAUACAAAAGAAGUACCGCGCCAGUCGAUUAAACAAUUACUGGUUAUUCAUAGGCC